AACAGUUGGCAGAAUUUGUCGUGCGUGAUGUGCGGUGUGCGGUGGUUUUGCUGACGGCGUCCGUUCUUGGUGGUUCUUGGGACGGAGGAGCACGGAAAAAGGAGGGAGAGAGAGAUUUGGGAUUUGGGAAAGAUAUAUUUCGAUUGUCUGUCUGUUGAAUAGAAUUCAUGAUCGAGACGACAGCCGCGUGGAACGCGAGACGGUGAGGUCCACAGGUGAGCGCGCGGAUACGGAAGAACGUUUGCGGAGAGAUUUCCCCGCUAACACAUUAGACGAUUCCCACCGAUCCCGCUCUAUCGUCGUCGCAACGCGAAUUUUUUUGUCGCCCCCGCGCGAGACUGUCUCGCGUGCGAAUUCUCGUGUUCGCGUCCGGCCUCCGUGGCCGGUGUUUUCGUCACCCGGUCACUAUAUCAACACAGUGAUUGUGGAGUCGAAGAGGUUAAGAGGACGGCAGGAGAGGGAGGACGCGCCGUCCAUCACCAUGAAGCUCAUCGACCAGGUGGUGAGGAGCUUCAAGGUGGCCAAGGUAUUCCGCGAGAAUUCGGAUCGGAUCAACAGCAUCGAUUUCUCGCCGAAUGGGGACACCUUGAUCUCCUGCUCCGAGGACGAUCAGAUCGUCAUAUACGACUGUGAGAAGGGCACGCAGGUCAGGACUGUGAACUCGAAGAAGUACGGGGUCGACUUGAUACACUUCACGCACGCGAAGAACACGGCGAUACACAGCAGCACCAAGGUGGACGAUACAAUUCGUUACCUCAGUCUUCAUGACAACAAGUACAUAAGAUACUUCCCUGGUCACACAAAGAAGGUAGUAUCGUUAUGCAUCAGUCCCAUCGAGGAUACCUUUCUUUCUGGUUCUUUAGAUAAAUCGUUGAGAUUGUGGGACCUGCGAUCGCCAAACUGUCACGGAGUUAUGAAUGUCUCCGGAAGGCCUGUUGCUGCAUACGAUCCUGAGGGUUUGAUUUUUGCAGCGGGCGUCAAUUCGGAAAGCAUCAAGCUCUAUGAUCUGCGUAGUUUCGACAAGGGACCGUUUGUCACGUUCAAACUGUCGCAGGAGAAAGAGUGUGAUUGGACUGGAUUAAAGUUUAGUAGAGACGGCAAGACAAUAUUGGUCUCCACUAAUGGUAGUACGAUCCGUUUAAUUGAUGCUUUUCAUGGUACGCCCUUACAGACUUUUACUGGAUACCUCAACAACAAGGGGAUUGCCAUUGAAGCAAGUUUCAGUCCGGAUUCCCAGUUUGUGUUCAGUGGAUCUACAGACGGUAGGGUGCACGUAUGGAACGCGGAGACCGGUUAUAAAGUUUGCGUACUGAACGGUGACCAUCCAGCACCAGUGCAGUGUAUCCAAUUUAAUCCUAAAUACAUGAUGCUGGCCUCGGCAUGCACCAACAUGGCUUUCUGGUUGCCCACCAUUGAAGACAAUUAAUUAACGAGAAAUGCGGAAUAAAAGCUGGAAAGCGUCAAUUUCUACCUACAAUCCGUGCAAAAGGAAAACGCGAGGAAGGGAAACGUGAGAAGAAAAACGGAGAGAGAGAGAGAAAGAGAAUCACAUAUACACGGCUGAUCGGAAGAUGCGGAACAUGUAUGCAACUUGAUCGACAGCAAGCACACGUUUAUGUUUGCAUUUACAUUGUGUUUACACAAAUAGAGCAGCCACACGGUAGAAAACGCAUCAGUUUCGGAUUAUAUCGUAAAAGAGAGCAAGAGAUAAGCUUGCUGUUGGAAUUACCGCUGUUUAAUUUUGCUUGAGACCUUGAGAAAAGGUCAAUGGAAAAUAUGGUACUUUUUUUUAUCCAUAUUAUUUUUAUCGUUUAUUUUUUGAACCGAUGUAGAAGAAUUAUCUAUAUCCCUAUGCUUGCACCGAGCGUAGAAAUGUUGUGUGUAUUACGCAACUUCUUUCUGCGCGUACGUGUGUGUUUAACGAACACGAUUUAAAAAAACAGUUUAUUGAAGAGACUUUUAAAAUUUUCGUAUAUAUUUCAGGAUAUUCUCGAUCGCAUCCAGAAAAGAUUACCGUUCAGAAAAUGAGUUUCGCCCUAAUUGAUUGUUUAAAAAUAUCCUCCGCAGAAUAAGAGCAAUGCUCCACUUUACCAAGCAACACUGACUUUUUAGGGGAAAAAAAAAAAUUGUAUAUGUUAAAUAUUUUAUACAAAAAAAAAACCUUUCGAACGCAUGUAGAAAGUUAAGAAUUUUCACACGUAAUACCGUAUCCUUGAAUGUGAAUUUGAUACACCAAUUUUUAUUGACAAUUUUUUCCGCCUCGUAACGCUUAAAUACGUUUAUAAAAAAAAAAAAAAAAAAAAAAAAAAAAAAAAAAACAUUUUUUAUU